AUUUGCAAUGUCAUAAUUUAUAAGCCAUUACAUUUGCCUCUUGACCCACGUAGGAAAAGUGAAAAGAUUCCAUGGCUCCACGGCGCCAUAUCCAUGCAUGCUGUCUAGGCCCCACCUUGCCUCCCUAACAGCCUGUGCAGAGUUGGAUUCUACCAUGAUCCUUCUAAAACUCAAAGCCAAUGUAAGCUGUACCUCAUACAGCAUAGCUAAGAGCUCUCAGUUCUCCCUCAACAGCCAAAAACUGUCCUCUUUGACACCUGCUACGUACCACGUACUGUAUUUUAGAUCUCCAGUGGCAUUUCUUCUUACCACCCCACACUGCAAAAGAUUCCUAUCAGCCCAAACAGCUAGCAGCCGAGUUUAUCUUCACAAAGCCAGCCUUCAUUUUGGUCCAAUCCUUGCCUUCUCAUUCCAUCUAUUGGAACCUGUGAGAGCAACGGAACCUCAUGUAAAGAGGAUAGUGGAAUUGUUGGAAAUUCACACCAAAGAUAUUGUUCUGACUGGGAAAGCUGGAGUUGGGAAAACUUGGAUUGCAAAAGAAGUUUGUAGGUAUGCAGAGAAGGAGAAAAAAUGCUAUGCAACUGUUUGGAUAUCUCUAGAGCAAGAACAUGAUGAGGCUUCUCUUUAUGAAAGUAUUGUCUGUCAGUUGUCUACUAGUGCAGAUGUGUGGCAAGGUUAUGUUAAAGAUAAGGGAGAGCAGGAGAGUACUGUGGAAGGCUUGAAGCAGCAGAUAAAAGAAAAGCUUAAAGAAGAAAUGGAAACAGAUAACUAUCUUCUAUUGGUACUGGAUGGAGAAGGAAAUAAAAUGAAAAAGGAAGAUAUCCUACUCCGGCUGGGUUUGGAAGCUGUUCUUGACAGGAAGCGUUUUAGGGUUCUUAGCACAAGAAGGGAAAGAGAAGGUAUUACUGAUCAGAAAGCAGUGAUUGAGGUUGAACCUCUAUCAGGGACAGACGCAGCAAGAUUGUUAAGAAGAGUGGGGAAAAUGUUUUCUACUUCUUCUAGUUUUGGAAUAUUACUUGAGGCUGUUAAAAUGCAGAACAACGUUUUGCCUACUGAUAUCAUCAUAUUAUCAGGAGCCUUAAACUGCAUUGCAGAACAGGAUGCUGCAGCUUCCAAAUUAGAGGAUGCCUUGAUUGCAGCAGCUAAUGGUCUGAAAGAAUUUCUGGAGGGUCAACUUGCAGAACAAGAUGCUGGAGUCUCAAAGUUUGUGGCUGCUUUAAAGGCAGCACCUAAUGGUCUUACAAAAUUACUGCACUCUGCACUUGAGGUGUUAGGAGCCAAUGGUAUGGUUGACUGCUUUUGGCAUAGCCGAGACUUGCUUUGUCAACGCAGUGAUGUUAAUUAUAAUGAGUUGAUCACUCAUUGGAUACUGGAAGGCUUUUUCAAUCCAGUUGAUCAUUUGGGCAAGGCCUAUGAGAAGGGACACCAUGUAUUAAUGAAGCUUGUAGAUUUUGGCAUCCUGAGGAUGCAAGAGGAUAAUACUGUUGUUCUGGAAGGAUUGAAACUUUACAUGAACGAUGAACGCAUCCACGGAUAUUUUGGGAAAGCCAACCUCAGACUUGCUGCUGUGCUCAAAAAUGCCAACCCGAGAGGUCUUGGAAGGGUCGCACCUGCUGAUGGUAUGAUUAAAACACUGAGAGUUGGAAAACAAAAGGAGCUGGUCACGACACUUCUGGUUGAUGGAAGCAAACUACAUGAGGAAAAUCCCAAAGCAUUCUUUCAGGCAUGCCCCAAUGUACAAGUUCUUGGCAUUUUUGAUUCCACAAUCACAAAUGCCACUUUCCUCAAACGUAAGAUGGAGAAGCUGCUUGUGUUGGUGCUUAGGAACUGUCAUCUACUGAAGGACUUGGGUCACGUUCAGGAACUGGCAAAAUUAAAGGCUCUUGAGAUAUCUGGUGCUCCUUUCCUGAAGGAAAUGCCUGGCGGACUCUUUCAGGAAAUGCGUCAACUUCAAAGCCUCAAUUUAUCUGAACUCGGAGUUAAAUCUUUGCCAAGCAUUUCCAAUCUGACUAAACUUCGGAGGCUUAUCCUCAGACGAUGGAUGACAUGUCCCUGGGAGUGCUUCAAGAACUUCAGAUUCUUGAUUUUUCCCAUACCAAAAUACUGAAAUUGCCAAUUAUUCAUGCUCUUAAAAAC